AUGUCGUUUCUUACGCCCACGGCUUCAUCCAUCAAUGGAUCAUACUAUACACCGGAUGAAGACACGUUUUUACAGACAAGGCGGCGAAUUAGUUUCUCUAAUCGAGAAACGGUCAACUCGUCCACCCCUGUUGCAUCUGCGCAUUUUACACAAUCUCCUAGAAAACCGAUCCCAGCGUUGUCCCCAAUCAAAUCCGUUGGUAUACCUAAUACCCCGAUCAAACCUUUAGUUUCAUCUCCGUUCAAAGUUCCCCAGAGCACUAAGCCGCUAAUAUCUUCGACUCCCUUAGCGGGACCAAAUACCCCUGUCAAGGGGCCCAUGUCACCUCUUUUGCGCAAGAAAUUCCAACAACAGUAUCCCGGCACUCCUAAGCCGUCAGAGAAGCAGUCACCACAAUCGAUCAACAGCAACAUAUAUCAGCGAUCGAUAUUCAAGCCGAGGCACAAGUCGCCUUUGAAAGAGAGCACAACCUUGCCGACACAAGAGAAACCAGCCCAGGUCGAAUCCAAGGAUGAAAGUGAACUGCAAAGUCCCUACGUUGAGCUUGCUUUGAGCAGAAUAGUCAACCGCGAUGCCGAAAUUCGCACAGUGAUAGUGAACACCCUGAUGAUGCUGCUGUACCGAUUUUUUGUGGCAGUGAUUAUUCUGCUCAACGUGAAGUUUAGACUUCGUGAUGGAACGUCGCUAUUCCCUGCUGUUCUCACCCAAUACUCGAGUUAUGUGAACCGCACAGUAUAUGGAAUCCUGCUGUUCAACAUCGGUGUGAGCUCGUUGCGGCUGAUGAAACCUCAGGACAAAUGUCUAGAUCUGCCGUUGACGAGUCGUCAGCGCAAACUCCUUGGUCUCCCACUGGUUAACGGGGAGGCGCAGGAAGAGCUAGGGGUUGACCGGUCGGAGCAUAAAGUUCUGCCGGGCAGCCCAAGCAGGGAUGUGGCCGACACAUCGCUUCUCGCGCUCGAUAUAUCAAGGUCAUUUGCGAAUAUGAACAUCUCACACUCGGAAAAAUUGCCGGCUACAGUUGUUUCUGAGACGCCUCAGGAGAGGAUUCGCAAGCAGCUACUUUCUAGAGACAAUGGGGCUACGUCGCCACAGGCCCGCUUCAAAAAGCCCUCGAGCAAAUUCUUGUACGAUACUGCCUCUGCGGGGGGAUUCGACAUUAACAAUUCCGACGUGUCGUUCUAUUAG